AUGGACAGCAAUCGUCGACCGAACCGUGGAAGUCGCUCCGGCACGCCUCUGCUCUUCAAAGCAGAAGACCAUAUGGACGAGGUGGAAUCUAAGCCACCCUCUCUCUCGGGCACGUCCUCUCCGUCCUCACAACUGACCCCCAACACCAUCGACACCGAAGCCUGUCGCCGUCCGCCUAUGACGACGACGACCUCGCAACGCAGCACCUUCGGCCGCCCUUCGACCAUGCACUCGCGCAAUCCCGCGACCACUCUCCAAGCCGCCAAGGCCUCUGCCCGCAAGAAAUACCUCUUUGCCGCCUUUUUCCUCUCCAUAUCCCUCGUGGCCUUCUGCGUACAGACCGAGCUGUCCGCGUACAUUCAGCACGAUCUGGCCUGGGGCAAAGCGUAUUGCAUGAUGUACCUGACGCACAGCUCGUGGAUAGUUCUGUGGCCAAUGACGCUACUAGCUGUAAGGCUGCAGAAGCGCCAUGAGCCGUGGGACCAGUUCUGGCGGAAGCAUCUACAGGUUGUCCUGUCGACCGUCACCAUGAUUGAGCUGCAGACCAUCAACGUCACGACGCCCUCGGUUGCCCGGCGCGGGAGGCCGGUCAUGUAUCUUGCGCGAAUGACGAUAUACAUCACCUCUGCGUUGACGAUCGCCGGACUGAGCUGGUACAUUGCCGUGAGCCUGACGACCCCAUCCGACCUGACAGCCAUAUACAACUGCAGCGCCUUCUUUGCGUACGCAUUCUCCGUGCCGAUCCUCAAAGAACCCCUCCGCCUGGACAAGUCCAUCGCCGUCAUGAUCGCCAUCCUGGGCGUCCUGGUAGUAGCCUACGGCGACACCGGCUCCGACGAGGCAACGUCGUCCGCCGCUGGCCCCUCCAACCCCGGUGCAGGCUCCCGCUUCGCAGGCAACCUCAUUAUCGGCGUGGGUUCCGUGCUGUACGGCCUCUACGAGGUCUUGUACAAGCGCUACGCCUGUCCACCGGAGGGGGUGUCCCCUGUCCGCGGCACCAUCUUCGCCAACGUGUUCGGCAGCUGCAUCGGCAUCUUCACCCUCACCGUGCUCUGGGUCCCCCUCCCCUUCCUGCACUGGCUCCACAUUGAGCGUUUCGAAAUUCCCAAUGCUUCAACGUGCUGGCUGAUUCUCUUGGCCGUCUUGUCUAACGCUACUUUUAGCGGCUGCUUCCUGGUGCUGAUUUCGCUGACUUCGCCGGUGCUGUCCAGCGUCGCCGCCCUGUUGACCAUCUUCAUCGUCGCUAUUGCCGAUUGGUUCCUGACGGGCCAGCCGCUAAGCUGGGCCGCCAUCAUGGGCGGGAGCAUGAUCAUCGUGGCCUUUGCGGCUUUAAGCUGGAGCACCUACCGCGAGAUGAUGGAGCACGAGGCGCACAAGUUGGCCGUCGACCUCACCGACGACGAUGAGGAGGACAUGGAUAGCGAUAGAGACUAG